AUGAAAAAUCUACGCUCCUUCCCGCAGGCACAACCUUGGCCCCGCUGUGGGCGCUCGUCGUUCAGCAAAUGGAACCGCUUUUGUUGCGUUCCUCUGUUGGCUCCUCACCGCAAAGACACUGGUGUGUACUAUCUGCGGUGGGUUCUGCACCUCCGAGCCCGUCAAGUUGAGUUCCGCGAGCAACAAGCAGACCGUCUCCUUCCCAGCGUGCUUCACACGCGCGGUCUUACCCAGCUCAAGAUAGAUGCGGAGACGAUGUUUCCCAACCCCACCAAGGUAAUAGUGUGGGAGGGGAGCCAUCUGCUCGAUGGCAGCUACCAGACACGUCAGGCCUCCCAGAUGACAACGAUGGCUCUUGCCCAGCACGCUGUUGUUCCAUUUCUGGACGGUAAUGAUUAUGUUAGCACCAUUGUCGCACACAGUCCGAAGCAUGAGGCCAUGAAAUGGCAGGCGCAAACGCACGGUCUCUUACAUUCUUUGAGGGAUUUCUUCUAUUCCGGAAAGGUCCCUCGGGACGUCAUCGAGCACCAGGAUUUCAGGUUUCGGUUCGGUGCCGAGUACUGCGAGCCUAGUGGAGCACCUCGCACCAUCCGCAUCGAGCCCGAGGAAGCAGAAAGCGUGUGGACAUGGACCGUAGUUAACGCCAGAUCGCUUGAGCAUGUUGCUGCCUAUCAAAACCACCUCCUUGAGACGUACUUUCCCAGGGCAUACCUCGAGCUUCGUACCUGGAUGGACGAACUCUUGUCCCGAGAUAUCAUUGAGCCAGUGCUUUGGGACUCUGUCUUUACCACAGGUGAGAUCCGGAAAGCCUCUCUGCCCCACCACGCUGCCUUCAACACUCUCAUGGCAGUAACGGCCGUAGGCGACUACAACAGCAAGAUGCACGGUCAUUUGCACCUGGUGGACGACCAAGUAAAUAUCGAGUUCCCGCCGGGAGCCACAGCGCUCAUGCUUGGUGCUGGCAUGAGCUACCGCUUCUUUCCGGUCGGUGAAGGGGCGCGGCGCUGGUUAAUCUGUCAGUACUUCGACGCCGGCAUGGCCAGAUGGAUUCAGCGUGCACUCCUUGAUGAGCAGGAGUUGACCAAGAUUCCCAGUGAAUGGACUGAGCGGUCUGCCGCUCAAUUUCGAGCAGAUGACGAUGAUGUUUGGCACAUGGAGCAAGGCUGUGCGGAUCGUGCUUUCAGCCACUUGCAGAAGUAUGGAGACACAUAUGUAAUUGCCUAA